AUGGCUCUUUCUAGUCUAAUUACCGUCUUGCCCGAGAAUGACCAACACCGUAUCUGGGUUCAUUGCCGCCAGAUAGACGUGUACUUCCCCGAUGGACCACAUCUCAUCCUGCCCUCUGUUGACUCUGCCAAACGAAAACUCCUAUGCACCCUUGGUGUCGGCCAAUGGUCAACAUUGUUCUGUCAGCAGUACAGCGAGGGGGACAAUGGAGCGGUCACAUACCUUCGUUUCAUCUACAGGGAUCUAAAAUCAUUCAAAGUGAACUUGAAUGAAACAGAAGGGAUCCUUUCGUGGGACAUUACCCUUCGAAGCGACUUGAAACCAGAGGAGAACAGUUGGGGUAGCAUAAGCAUGAGAGACUUCGUGAAAACUCUGCCCUGUGCCGGUGUCACUUUCCCCAAGGGAAGUCGCCUCGUCUUUAGACAUUCGAUAAAUCCAAGAUCCAGGUGGUGGAAGUCGAACAAGGCCAUGAUUAUGGGUGGACUCGGGAGCCGCCACAAAACAGAUUGUCUAAAACCUGAGACUCGACUAUACUUGAAGGUUAAUGAUACUGCCAUCGCUGCUGAAGCAGCGACGGAAAUUCAAGUGCUUGCGAAGUGCGUUGUCCGCGCCUAUAAUCAUGGUGAAGUUGUUAUUCUAGCAAUUUGGCCACAAGAGGAUAGGCCUUUCCGUGUCUAUGCUGGAGAGCCUAUAGUCUUAAUCGGCAAAGACAUGUUUUCAAGAAGCCGCGCUCUGUCUCACGACAAGGAGUGCCCUGGGUACUUCGCUAAAAUCCUUCCCUCGGCUUCAAAAUGGAAGCUCGUGCGCGACGCACCCUACCAUGCGGUUUUACAGGGUCCAGCCCAGCAGACGGCCAUCGAUCAGCUUUUGGCAAUGUUUGUGGAGUAUGAUGUCCAAAUUGUGCCUGCUGGAAAUCCUACCCAUCUCCAGCAGAAGCGCGACAUCCAUAUGUCUUGGUUCAAGAAACACCUUGUGGGCAAGGAAUUCGAGAGAGCUUAUGAGAAUACAAUGGAGGAGUCCGGAGAGGUUUCUCUAAUGCCUGAAUCUCGAAAAAAUCUGUGUUUGGAGAACCUAUUCGCGGGAAGAAAGUCACUCGCUUUCCAGGAACUAUGGAUGAGACCAUUUUCCCCUGCGUCUCUACCAGAUGUACCGGCCGCUCUGGGACUCAAUCACGAUCAGACCAGUGCACUUGUCCAGUUUGCUAGGAAUCGCCUGUCACUUGUUCAGGGCCCUCCUGGUACCGGCAAAAGCCACACGGUGGUGUGUGGUGCGCUGUUUUACGCGCACCACCAAGCACUACCGUGUGGCCGGCGCCGCACAUUAAUAUUGGCACCAACCCAAUCGUCUGCUGCUGCAUUGAUGGCGACCUUCGCCAAACUAGGACCCCUUUUCGAAGGGAUACGGUUCCUUCGGUAUAAAAGCCAAUCAGCACUGUUCGGGGACAUCUUUUCUGAGACGACAGAGCCGGCCGAUAACCAUGGACGUUGCCAGGACCUCAUACAGUACUUGGGCAACAGAGUCUACCACGCCCUCAGAAACGGAUUUGAGCAUGUGAGGAAAUUUGGGGAUAUUACGGACCCCCCGCUCAGGCAGAGGUUUCUCAAAGAUUACCAUGAGGUCAUGGAGAGGAUUUUUGCUGAAUCGGAAGUUGUAAUUACGACACCGUUCCUUGCCAAAGCUGUUUCCAAUUGGGGCUUUCAGCCUGAUUCAAUCAUCUUUGAUGAGUUCGCAUAUUGGCAAGACCCUGAUGUAUUCAGUGUCUUCCUGGAGCUUCCGAAUACCGAACGUGCUCUCUUCGUAGGCGAUAACAAACAGCUGUGCCCGCUGGCGUUUACCGCAGAGGGGAGGAAAGCGUGGUGCCACUCCCUUUAUGACCGGUUCCUUGAGCGUGGCAUUGCUUUUACCAGGCUUAACGUCCAGUAA